UGUCUACAAUGUAUUGCAAAGCAGUUAUUUUGAUUUUUGUUGCUUUUUUUGCAUUUGUACCAUUCACUAAUGGUUCAAAAAGUUUGUUUUAUACAGGAACAUAUGUUUACAAGAAAACCAUAAAAAGUGAAUAUCCAAAUAUCAAAUAUUACGAAGAUGGCAUGACCGCCUCAAAAGAUCAAUCCAAAACUUAUCAGCUUGGCAAAAAGGAAAAUGGUGAUCAUGAAUUUUUUUCAAAAUCUGAUUGCAUCUACCAUAGUGAAACUGGUGUGGAAGCGAGUCGAAUUUGUGUUCGCAGCAAUUAUUUCGUGUCCGCCGUUGAUAUUAGAACAGAACAGACUUCGAACAUUGGAAGAGCAUGGAUUAAAGAAGGCGGAUUUAGGAUGUCUGAAGGCAUACUAUUUUGCUUUGAAGCUCGUAAUACAAUAAAAUUGUGCUAUAAAAUGCUUAUAUAUGGUCAAAAUGCUGUAAUGAUGUAGAUGAUGAUUUUAAAAUAUACAUUAUGCGCCGCUUUUAUUUUCAAUUAACUCA